AUGAACACCUUCACAUUAAACCAAGCAUCAUCUUUCUUCCUUUUCUUUUUCUUCUUUAUCCUCAUCACUCUCAUCGACGAAGCUAGAAGUCCUAUUGCCGUCGUGUACGAUGCGCGAGCCAGACCAACCACUCUUGAUAGUCAGGGAGACAACGGUGCCAAGCAGGAGACUGCCAGUGAGCAGCACGGGCCCAUUGAGAGCAGUCAGGCAAGCGAACGCAAGGAGCAGCGUCUCACGUUCGACCCUGAAGACCUAGCACAGUUAGAGGGAUUGGAGGUUGAGGAUCUAGCAGAAGACCUCAAUCUACAAGACUUUGUUGAACUAGCAGGACGAGAUCCCAAGAUGCUAUAUAAAUUUAUGGCAGAUAGAUGGGACAAUGAGCUUAACAGUUUCAAGGAGUCUAUCGACAGAAUGAAGAAAGCUUGCGAGCGUAAGUUAGAGACCAAAGACGACGCGUUAUCCCUCCUCAUCAACGAGCGCGAUAAACUACGACAGACCCUGGAACGAAUGACUAUCCGCUACACCUCGCUCAUCGACUCCGGAACAGCGCCGUCAAGCAGUAAAGGACCAAAGAUUCCUGAUGGGAAGAAGUUGACCAACAGUAACAAGUCUCGCUACGAGUCGUGGAAGAUCGAUGUACAGGGAAAGUUACGCGCCUUGGCACAUCAGUACAAUACCCCUGAGUCUCGAAUCUUGUAUGUCAAGUUGAUGUGUGAAGGUGAUGCAGCGGAUCAUCUUAUGGCACGCAUGCGCGACGACUCACCUGACCCGUACCUUGACGCGACCGACAUGUUUGAGCAUCUUGAUACUAUUUACUUGGAUGCUAAUCGAGAGAUCAACGCCAAAGCAGAGUUCCGCCAGCUCGCGCAGAAGUCCCUUCGUUUCCAAACUUUCCUAUCCAAGUUCAACCUACUCGCUAUGGACGCCAAAAAGUCGCGCAUUAAGUGGAAGGAAGAGUUGUAUCACAGGUUGAAUCCUGAGAUGAAACGUGCGAUGAUUCGUGAAGCCAAUGAUUCGACUGUUAUGUAUGCGGAUUUUGUCAAGGAAUGCACAAUGGUAGCAAACCGGUUAGAGCAGAUUGCUCGUGAAGAGAAGAGUGCUCCAAAGGAUUCAAAGGAUGCGAAGGAUAACAGAGACACAAAGUCGAAGACUUCCGAUAGUGGGAAAGGCGUCGGCAAGGCACUGCGCGUCAACCUCAGUGACAAAGAGUUCGAAGAGUUGAAAGAGGCGCGUCUCUGUUUCAACUGCAAGCAGCCUGGUCACCUUAAUCGCAACUGCCCUCUGCGCAAAAAGAAUACCACUGAGAUCAAAUGGGUGGAAGUACUAGAGGAUAAGACCGAACCGGCAAAAGACGAGGCCUAG